ACUGCUCAUCAACAACUGACUGGCCAGACAUAACAACAGCUUCCCCCUCCUGCUUGUAUAACUGUGGAUAUGAUUUUGGCAGCUGUUCAUGCACCAGCUACUGUCAGUACUAUGGCAACUGUUGUCAUGACUUUGAGUAUUAUUGCCCAGUGUCAACAACAUCAUGGCCAACCCUGUCUACAGCUUCCCCCUCCUGCUUGUAUAACUGUGGAUAUGAUUUUGGCAGCUGUUCAUGCACCAGCUACUGUCAGUACUAUGGCAACUGUUGUCAUGACUUUGAGUAUUAUUGCCCAGUGUCAACAACAUCAUGGCCAACCCUGUCUACAGACUGCUUUAUUCUGCUCUCCAGAGAAUCCCCCUGCAUGUGGAGGACACCUGUAUGGUUCUGGGCUAAUUUCCAGCCCUAAUUACCCCAACUAUUACCACGACAAUGCGUACUGUGUGUGGUAUCUCUCUGCUCAGCAAGGCCAGAGGAUAUUCCUGUCAUUUGCUGAUGUGCAAUUGGAGCGCUGCUGUAACUGUGAUUACAUUUCUGUGUAUGACGGUCCAUCCACUGGUUAUCCACGGCUGGGACAGGUCUGCUUCAAUAACAUCACUCAUCAGGCCUUUCACUCUUCUUCACGUUACCUGACUGUUCUCUUCAGAAGUGACUACUCUGGUGUCAGCCAUGGUUUUAAGGCCCUGUUCACUAGCUCUCUGACUGCAGAUCAAGGUCGUGUGGAUUGUUCCUCAGACAACAUGGUCAUUGUCAUUCGAACAUCUUACCUGAACUCGCUUGGAUUCAGUGGAAAUGAUCUUUAUGUGGAUGACCAUCGAUGCAGACCCACUAUUGCCAGUACUGAGGUUGUGUUUCGCUUCUCUCUCGACACUUGUGGGACCAGCAAAGAGAUGAUGAAUGGUUAUGUGACUUACACCAACAAUGUGCGUGCAUCUCAGUCUCAGUCGGGCGAGAUCACGCGCCAGUCACAGUUUCUAUUGCAUGUGGGCUGCCGAAUGGAGCCAGACACCAUGGUGGAGAUUUUCUACAAAGCCAAAGAGAAUAUCAAUGCCAACAUAACUGGAAUGGGCCGCUUCAAUGCAAGCAUAGCCUUCUACAGCUCCGACGGAUUCUACCAGCCAGUUUACGACUCUCCAUUUGAGGUGACCCUUAACCAGUUUCUGUAUGUUCAAGUUCAGCUAGACAGACGUGACAACAGCCUAGAUCUGUUUCUGGACACCUGUGUAGCAUCUCCAUAUGCCAAUGACUUCCAAACCCAAUCCUAUGACCUGUUGCGCAAUGGAUGUGCCAGAGACAGCACAUACUAUUCCUACACCAGUGGUCAGCACUACUAUGCUCGGUUCCGUUUCCAGGCUUUCAAGUUCCUCCGGACUCAUGCCUAUGUGUACCUGCAGUGUAAGGUGAUCAUCUGCCCUGACAACGAUCACAACUCUCGCUGUCGCCAAGGUUGCCGCUUACGCCGCAGGAGAUCCCUUGACACCACCAACCACACCAACACUGUGAUACUGGGGCCAAUCAAACUCAAAGGAGGAAGGCCUGGCGUGGAGCAGUCGGAGAAGAAAAAGGAGUGAAAUGAUCAUCUUCAACCUUCACCAUUAAUCUGUCUCAAUUAACCAUCCAGCAAAUGGAUUGAAAUAAAAAUUGUAUUCUUCAAGUCA